AUGAAGGCGACCUGUGUAUUGGUGGCUAUAAUGGCCGUUAUGAUGGGAUCAAGCUCCGCAAUCAAACCGAUUCUGCUGACCAAGACCGUACCACCCGCAGGAACAGGGGACUGUCAGCAUGUAAGUUUGGCGUGUUUAUACCAAACCUACAGUCCUGUGGAAGUUAGACAACCCCCAUUCUAGACCUAUCUCACCAUCGACAAAAGUAAUCUGCACACCUUUUUCCCGGUAAUGGUGAAGGAUAAUAUAAAAGAGGAAAUUGCUGGGACCGUUGGGUCGGUCCAAAUCAAAACUGACUUUGGUGCCGUUCUGGCUGAGGCACUUGUCCCGAUGACCUUCCAACAGAACGACCGAUUCGAGCUACAACUCAAGAGACCAAAAACGGAUGUUGCAAAGUUAAGCGUUGAGAUCAUGUACGAGGUCAUUGUCGAUGGUCGUUUCUGCACCAAGUAUCGCAAAAAGGUCAAACCCGACGGAAGUUCCGGUGAAAGUCCUAUUUAUUUCUGUACCAUCUAA